AUGUCAACAACUAUAGGAAGCAGCAGUAAUCAACAGGUUAAAUUAGCGCAGAUUCAUUUAGGUUCUGUAAGAUCCGUGGUUCGUGAUUCAUCUUCCUUCCAUACAACAUCAAUCGUCAUUCUUGCCUCUCACACAGUCUUCCAUCCCCCAUCAUCAUCUCUUGUCCCCGCUCACAUCGUUUUCGCGAACCCUCGCGCUAUCAUGGAACUCAAGUAUUUCCCUAAAAGUACGCUGGUUCCCUCGUGGACACUAAGGGAAAAACUAACGGAACACUCCUACCGUCUUUCCAAGAAAGACGCCGAUGAAUACGAAACUACCCCGAGUGCUAGUGCGACCUUUAAAUGCCAGAAUCUUGAGAACCCUGCCCAGGAGGCCCUUAUGAAGAUCCAUAUCCAAGUCCCUUAUAGUGGCACAGAGUUCCGCCCCUCAAGUGUUUGCGGCACUCAAGCAUCUGCUAACAUCCCAGAAGACUUAGAGGAAUAUAUCGAGGCUCUUUGGCGCCUUCGUGACUGCAAGUUCACACCUAAUCUUCUAGAGCAUAAAGUGGAUGUCCAAGAUGAGGACGGACUUGUUCCACACGGCUGGAGCAUCUAUUUGCUCGCCACGGCCGUCCCUGGAAUUCCACUUGCUAUAGAGGGCUCCCGGUACGAAUAUGAAAACCAACUCACGUUCCUCAUUCCAGACGGGGAGUUUUGGAAGAACCUGGAUAGACCCACCCGAGAUGAGAUUAGAACUCAAUUUGAAGCUGCCUACAAGUAUUUCCGCACUAAUCCACUGAAGCCAAGACUAAUUCCUUCAAACAGCGACAUCACUGCAAAGGGGGUCCUAUGUGGCUUAGCAACGUUACGAGACAUCUACUGGGAUUCGAGAUCAUCACUAAUUCAUCUCUCAUACAGGACGAUCAACACCCAAUUCAAGCCUUUCGGUGACAAAGUCACUAUCAUAUGCCGUUGGCAGCAGGCAGCAGACAGCCGCUCCUUGGCUCAUGGUGGAAAUACUACCAUCGGGAUGAAGCUCAUCACCAAGGUCCAAGUCAUUUUCCGUGUGCCUAAGCGCUCAGGGCCACCGACGGAAUGGACGGCUAGUGGGUUCACAGUGCCUGGAUACAUAGAGGACGAAGCCCCUGGCGCCAUUCAGAUCGCCCUUUACGGUCCACGUCUCGGGAAACUCUUGAACACCGACCAGGACAAUGUCAGCGUCCAACAUCCCGGGACCCUCAGGUUCGAGAUCAAUCAGGCGCCGAUCAAAAGGUCCAUCAACGCACUCGCAAAGCUCAAGGCUAACGAGAAUGAAGUUGCGGGAGGGUUCCCGCCUUUGCUCAACCAUGAGCCCAUUAAGCUAAAGCAGUGGAAUGCCGAGCAGGUCAACGUGUUUCGGUAUCUGCGUAAGACAAAGGCGGGUUGCUCAAUCGUAGAGGGGUUUCCAGGAUGUGGCAAGACCACAGUCCUCGCCGCCAUUGCCAUCUUCUUCCGUCUUUGUGGGUUUGACAUACUCCUAGUUGGACCGAGCAACGCAGCCGUGGAUGCUCUAACUAGAGAGUUCAAGCAACUGGGACCUAAUCUAGACUAUGUCCGUGUGCGCCGCGGCGAAGUCGAGAAACGUUCCAGAUUGACCGCUAACCCCGGAGAAACUGAUGAUGGUGAUGAGGAACGCGCAGAGGUUGAAAGACACUCGGCUUUGAUGGGUCUGCUCAUGACUCUGAAGCAAUCUCGCUCUCAGAAAGUGGAAGGAAAUCUGGAGCAGAGCGUGUUAUCUUACGUUCAGCGUAAAUGUAACACUGCACUUGCUGCUGGAGAGGAGUUUCUGGUAAAUGUCGCUAAGUCUGUCCCAAAGAAUCAGACAACCACUCCUGAAGGCGCCGAACCUGUCUCGACGGAUGACUUGCAAAAUGCCUAUCGCAUGGUUCAAGAGUACCUCAGCCAGCCGAAGGUCCCCCGGCCCAAGGAAGCGUCCGACAAUGAUCUUGAGCAAUGGUCCAAGAGAGAAACUGCAUUCAAGAAAUCAUAUGACGCGGUUUCUGAACUCAUAGUUCAAGAGGCUCAUGUGUUUGCUUGCACGAACAAUCCAGAGGGGACUGAUCUUGUCAGACGAAACUUUGGUGCCAAUGGGAAAGGGAUCAUCAUUAUCGCAGAUGAGGAUGGCCAACCCACAGAACCCGACGCCAUUAUCCCCCUAGUCUCUCUCGAUAAUGCACGCAAGGUCGUCGGAAUGAUUCGAGGAGGAGAUCGGCAUCAGCUCCCACCAUUAGUCAUAACAUCGACUGAAUCUCCUGGGUACAAUGAGUUCGGCGCUCAGAUCGGGAAAUCACUUUUCAAUACACUCCGUUGCGCCAGAUUUCCAGUGGUCAUUGUGUCUCAACAACAUCCCAUGCAUCGUCGUCUUUCUAAAUUCCCUUCCGACUUCACAUACGAAGGGAAAAUGACAAACGAUCCAUCUAUGAAAUCAAUUACACUGAGUCCAGUGUUUUCUCAGAAACUUCUCGAAUGGCUCAAGCUCAAAGCCGACGAUGUCGAAUUCAGGAAUGGGAUGGAGCUUAUCGGGCUUGACGUGAGCGAUGGGAAGGUGGUGAUCAACCCUACGACAUAUUCAAGAUCCAAUGCCCGCAACGUUGCAGUAGUGAUGGAUCUCAUUGAGAAUCUCAUUACUGCAAACGCACUCAAUGAAAAAGGCGUACAUCGAUGCAAUGCUCAACCUUUCGCGCAAACUCGACAUUGCUUGGGAGGACAUGGUUUCUGUGUUUACGGUGGAAUGCAGGGUAACCAAGCCGAUAUCGUCAUCGUCGACUGGGUCGUUACCUCUGGAGAACCGCGUGACUUGGGCUUCUCCUCUGAUAAUCGCCGCGCAAAUGUCGCUCUGACCAGCGCACGUGCAUGUCUCAUUGUUGUUGCCAACGGUGCAAUCAUCAACAACAACCGACUGGACGGGGAUGAGAGCAAGGAGAAGGUGCCUCCAGAACUCUUGGUCCAUUGGAAGCACUUGCUGGACAAUGAUCUCAUUGUGCCAUGCUCUGUUGCUCAGCCUAACACCCCUACAGAUGACACUGCAGUCGCUUAUGUCGAUGGCGGCGCUUCUGCUGAGUGGUAG